AAUGACACCGAACUAUCCAUCAAUCUCAACAUUCUUUGAAAUUCAUUACAUUUCUCAAUUCUUUAUGUUUGUGCAGCUCAAUUUGUGUCCACAAGAUAACAGGGCAGUUGUCAAUCAACCAAUGAAUGGACAAAGUGGGAAAAAACUAUUUGCCGUUAGACAAAUUCUACGCAAGUUGACAAACAAAAUGGAAGCAUGGAGAAGAACAUGAGAAAUGCUUCUUGUUACUCUCGGAAUCUUCACUUAGAUCAGGUUUAUUGCUUUGUUAGAGCAGUAGAGGUGAUUGAUCAAAGAAAAGUUGGAUAUUUUGGUCUUGCUGAUUUCCUAUUUUUUGAGGUGUCUGACUGAAAGUACAUGUUGUUUGGAGGAAUGAAUGAAAGAUUAUAGAAUGGAUGAUGGGGAGGUAGAGCUUUCGGAUCAUGUUUUGUUACCGGAUCCCGGUACUUCUGGAAGUUUGCAGUGUUCUGGGUCUGUGGAUUCACUUCUUGAUGAAUUAUUGAAGAAUACGAGAACGUGUACUCACACUCACACUUGCAACCCUCAUGGCCCCGAUGCAAUCCAUACACAUACAUGCUACCACACACACACCCAAGUCAUUGCUUCUGAAGAAGAUGAUAACCCAGACAAUAGAGAGCAUUCAAGAAAAAGGCCAGCAGGAAAUAGGGAAGCAGUUCGAAAGUAUAGGGAAAAGAAGAAGGCGCAUACGGCUUACUUAGAAGAGGAAGUAAAGAAAUUGCAUUUGUUGAACCAGCAGCUGGUGAGGAAAAUACAACGGCAGGCAAUUCUUGAAGCCGAGGUUUCGAGGCUAAGAAGCAUUCUGGUGGACCUGAGGGGAAAGAUCGACACUGAGUUGGGUGUUUUUCCAUUCCAAAACCAUUGCAACACCACCACUGUUUUGAAGGAAGGUGAGUGUGGAGCGCAGUCCACUGGUGGGCUAAUGAAUCUACAGUGUCAGGCAGAUUUAGCAUGCUUCCAUACCCCUACAAUAGUAAAUUGUCAAGCUAACACAAAUAAUACGGCAAAUGCUGAAGGGCAUGCAAUGGACAUGGUGGAAGCCUUCCUGCCAUCUGCCUCUCAAGCUCAUUAACUAGAGGGAAAGACAAUAUCUGUAAGCUCUUCAGCUCUUUUGAUCUUACUGCAUCAAGAUAUGUUGAAGUUGGGAAUAAUGAUCGUGUAUACUAAUAAGGAUAUAGGACUUAGAAUGUUGAGUGCCACACAGAGUUGUAUAUACGUGUUGCGCUUAAUACAACUUCAGCCAAAAAGGACUAUUACCAUCUUUUGUUUUGAUUGUCUGAAUAGAUUGUAUGAUGAAUUAGAUUGCAAAUAUUACUUUCCUGUUCUCUCUUAA